GUCUGGCAACAGAGGAGAAAAAGCGCCUUCUCUCAGCGGCGAUGGUGGCACCUCCUUUCCACUCAGCUGUUGCACUUGCGCGGCCCCGCGCUUUCAGCGAGCGGGAUUCUUCGUCCGGCCUCCGAAGCUGUGUGGGGGAACCCGGCAGUGUUCGAGAUCAUUUACCUGAAGAUGCCCGGUGUCCGUGUGCCGCAUUGAAAGCCUCCGUGGGACGUUCUCUGCACAGCGGAGCCGUAUUUUGUACGGAAUACUGUCCCGGAGAGCUCGAAUACCAGUAUGUCGAAGAGAAGCACCCGAUUGACGAGACCCAAGCGAUCCCGUGCCGUCAUGGAACCCACCAUACUUCGUAGAAAACGUCGGGCAGCGACAUUGAGCGAGGAUUCCCCAGUGCCGGACACAGCUCUGAACGAGAGCUCUGAAGAACGGUCAUUGUCUCUCCUUGACAACAUAUUCGAGAGCCCUCAACGUAGCUUCAAGGCUGCCUUUGGGGACAGCUGCAACAAGACUCCAAAGAGCUACAGCCAUUUUAGGGGCAUUCACUGCCUACCCACCCCAGAGUCACGGUCUUGCCGGAAUUCUCCGCUGCCGCAGUUCUUCUGGGCGGACCAAGAAAAUGUCUGGGGCCUCAUGAACCACAAGGAUGUGAUCUACACUCACAGCGCCGCCGCUCUGGAAAGGCAUCCUGCUCUACAGCCACGCAUGCGGACCAUCCUCUUGGAUUGGCUCAUUGAAGUGUGCGAGGUCUACAGGCUACAACGGGACACCUACUACCUUGCCCAAGAUUUCAUUGACCGCUACCUCGCAAAGUCUGAGAACCUACCUAAGAACCAGCUUCAGCUGGUGGGCAUCACAGCGCUCUUCUUGGCAGCCAAAAUGGAGGAGAUCUACCCACCCAAACUGUCGGAGUUUGCAUAUGUCACGGACGGUGCCUGCCAGGAGAGCGAGAUCCUUGAGAAGGAACUUGCCAUUCUUACCGCCCUGAACUGGGAUCUGACACCGAUGACCGUGAACGGCUGGCUGAGCACCUAUCUCCAGAUAAUUGCCAGGAAGGAGUCACGGGACCGAGAGGGACAGAACUUUCUCGUUCCGGAAUUCUCAACCUGUUCCUUCAUCAAGGUUGCACAGCUGGCAGAUCUAUGCAUGCUGGAUGUAGAGUGCCUCCAAUUCACAUACAGCUUCAUAGCUGCCACAGCAAUUCACCACAUGUUGUCACCCUCCCUGGCCUCCGACAUUUCAGGCUACAAGACAGUCGAACUUGGACGUUGCAUCGAGUGGAUGGCACCAUUUGCGACGGUCAUCAAGCGAGCCACCAAGGACCGAAUCCCUGUGGCAGUCAAAGGGAACCACGAGAUUCAAGUGCACCACGUCAACCUGCAGCUUGUGGAAGAGGCCCUGUGUCUGAAGAGGGAAUCCAGCGCUUCUGGGGCCACCUCACGGGGCGCAGCCAGCAGCAGCAUUGCAGGCCUCGGCGUGCUAACUCCACCCCCUCCGUUGUAGCCGGAUUGUACUUACUAGCUCUAGCCAAGUAUCUGUACCCUCUAGCACUUACUUGGGGAUCUUUGUCGUAGCUUGGGCAACUGGCGAUCUUCAGUGAGUAUGACGGAAAGGGAAAUAGUUGGCAUCCAUUUUUCUAGUCUCAACCACAGAGUUGUCAACCACAAGACGAAAUACGAAUUGAACUUUUUUUUGUCGUUUUUCACUAAAUGAAUGUCAACUUCUACAGAUGUGCCUUUUCAGGUCAGUAUGAAAGUCUUCUAGCAGGUGCCGGCACACUUCAAGCUAGCCAACACUCCAUUUUUUUUUUUUCUGCUUAUCAAUUGGAAGAUUUUCACCUCUUCCUGAAGUCAAUGUGAAUGUAAGUGGUGACGGGAAGCGAAUAAUCAAUGGCCUCGUGCUCACAAUUGCAUAUAUUGUGGAGUGCACGUUUGUGCUGCUUUUGUGUUGACUGUCCUGUCAAUCAUGUUAUCAUCAUUGUUGUGUAUGUACUGUGUGGGAACGUGCUGUCUGGAACAGCCAAGUGAUCACUCCAUGUUGGUAAAGCUCUGGAAACGAAGCGCUUUCUUGAAACAAGGGCAGAGACCUCAUCAGGCAUUGUGUCCCUAGUCUCUACCCAGUCCAUUGGGGGACACAAAUAAAAAAAAAGGAUGCAGGCGCCUGAAAUAAAGACAUUGUCAGCUGAAGCAGCCAAAAGAGCUGUCCCUUGCUUUCUAGAUAGAUGUCUAACUGAGGGCUGCCAGUUUGAAUGCCCUUUCACCUUAAUGAGAUGUGUUUUUGGAGUUUCCAUGUGUGUUUUAGUGCAAAUCUUUUAAAAUAUUUAAACAUUCUACACCAACUAGGACUGGAAUGGACAAAUUGCCCCCAUCCUCAAACCCCCCCCCCCUUUUUUUUUUAAUAGGUGGAGAAAGGACUCUUAGAUCUUAGUGUGAUUAACUUUUUAUGUGUGUCGACGUCGGGACAAUGUUAUAUUCACUGCCAUUUGCUUCCGGGUUUUUUAGCGAGGCAUUUCUAUUUAUCGGGCUCUAGAAAUUUUCUAGAGUUUGUGUAUGUUGUGCUAUUCCAAGGGUAAUGCCUUUAUGUGAGAUCUGUCCACUAUUUAUGGGCAUUUUAGUACUGGCAAGCUUGAUUGUGAUGUUGAGUGUGUGAAUUUACCAAACUGUUUUGUAAGGACUUUUUUUUUCUCCUUUGAAGGCUUGAAGGUGACUAGGGGAAUGUAAAGAUUGUGGCAUAGAGCCUGGGCUAGGGUUAACAGUACAGGCUACUAGCUCCACAUUUAUUUUUAAUUUUGGAAGGAUUUUUUUGUUUCUUGUGAAGCCAUUGCUAGAUCUCGAAAGAACACAAAUGUAUUCUGCGAAAAAUUAAGUUAUUUCUGACUUAUCGCUUCACAUAACUGUAUUGGGAUCUCUCACUUGCUCGUGUCCUAGAGGUGGCUUUGAAUCCUCGGUAACAUUUCUUGUGAGGAUCCAAUGUAGGCACCUGCACAAUCGCCGUUUUUUUGUGGGAAGCUGGAGUUGAAUGAACACUUUGCGGCAUUAAGUAGUGUGCAAUAACUAUGGUUUAUUGCUGUCAUGCAGGAGUAUAUAAAAUCUUGUAUGUAAACAUAAUCUGUAUUCAUUCAGGAACCAAGAUGGGUCCUUGAAGUAUUGGUGAUCUCGCAUUGAGUCUUGUGAUCUCAGUAAUAUUUUUUGUCAGUGUAAUCACCGACUUGUGUUUGUGAGUCGGAAUGAGAACAAUUGUCGGAGUGUAUUUUUUUUAGUAUUUUGGAAAAUAAAGGGAAAUCUCUGGGC